AUGGCAGGAGUUUGCAAGCGGCCCUCAUCCCACCCAGAGUCACGUCGACGGUUCCUACUAGCUUUCCUGGCCCUGCUGGAGGAGGAGGCGGCGGCGGCGGCGGCGGAGGAGGAUGAGAGCGAUCUGCCAGUGGUGGCUGAAUUCAUCGACGAACGGCCAGAUGAAGUUAAAUGGAUGGAAGCUUUCCGAGCAAGUAACAAAUGGAAGUUAUUAGGAGAUCAGAAUGAAGAGCCACAGUUAUUUGGACGUUCUACGACAACAGCAUCAAUAAGCAGCUCAGAAACCUCAAAACAAAAUGAAAAACAUUUGUUGGACCAAUCCCCACCUAGGAAGGGCUGUCAUGCCCAGCCAGAUCUGUUCCCUAAAAGACUACCUUCUGUAGGAGGCAAAAAUCGCAUCAAAAGCUUGAGUGGAGGCCAACGUGAAUUGUUCUCAGAUGGACGUUCAGGCAGCCAGAAGUGCAAGGCUGCUCCUGAUGUGUUACCACCUUGCAAGAAAGCAUGUAAUGCUGAGGGAGACUUGUUGCUGCCUCAGAAGGGGCUGUCAUCCAGAACCAACCAGCAGCCCCAACCAACAACAACAUCACCAAGGAAGCGACAGAGACAUGAUUCUGAAUCCACUUCUGGCUCUUCUCCUGCAACAAGGAGGAGUGCUAAAGCCGCCUCAGAUUCGGACCUUUCACCGCCACGGGCCACAAGCUGCGCAGGCACACAGCGGCCAAAUUCCCCUUCUGAUCUUUCCCCUCCUAGAAGGAAUCGGCACAAAUCUUCGGAUUCUGACUUGUCUCCUCCCCGAAGAGGUCCAGAAGUGAAAAAGAAAGGCCGCAGGUCCAGGAGCCCCUCUGCUGUCCUGCCACGCCAUCAGGCUGUGGAGUCCAAUGGGAAUAGCCAAAGGAUGCUGUCGGGGGGCAAAGCUGGCUUGGUAUCAGCUGAUCUGCUGAGAAGGGAGCAGCAGGAAUUUAAGAGGCAGGAUAGCAGCAGCAGAAGCAAACAUCUGGAGGAUGAAUCCCAGCGUGCUAACACCGUUUUCCGGGAUGAGAUGGGCCGUAAGAGGGACCUGAAGCAGGAGCGGCUGGAGCAGCGCAAGAGAGCAGAAGAGAAGUCUGAGAGAGAUGAGCAGUAUGCCAAGUGGGGAAAAGGCCUUGCCCAGAGCAGGCAGCAGCAGCAAAAUGUGGAAGAUGCAGUGAAGGAAAUGCAGAAGCCCCUGGCGAGGUACAUCGAUGACCAGGACUUGGAUAAACUGCUGCGGGAGCAGGAGCGAGAAGGAGACCCGAUGGCUGACUUCAUUAGGAAGAAGAAGGCCAAGGAGAGGCAGGACACCAAAGAAAAACCAAAGUAUAAUGGGCCAGCACCCCCAUUGAACAGGUUUAACAUCUGGCCUGGCUAUCGUUGGGACGGAGUAGACAGGUCCAACGGUUUUGAGAAGAAGCGCUUUGCCAGAAUAGCAAGUAAAAAAGCGACACAGGAGCUAGCAUACAAGUGGAGCGUGGAGGACAUGUGAACAUCCAGGCCAUCUGGGACAAAGCUUUUUGAAGGGACCUGCUGAAGGGGGAUGCUUGCUACCAACCAGAGUUUGCCUCCUAGAAUCUGCAGGAAAACCACUGGGUCCAGCAGAGUAGAAGAAGGGAAGGCUAAUAGGACUCGUGGAAUACUGAAUGUGUGAGAAGGAGCCCGGAGAGCCUUUUGAAUGGAGGCUCCUGGAAGGCUGGUCCAGCUGAAAGACAGAACUCCCAGGGCAGGUUGAAGAUGCUGCUGUGCCUGGUCAUCCCCUCUUGCCCCAAAUGCCAGGCACUUGGUGGCGGGAGAGGUACAGAGGAGCCAGAUCAGGCUCUUGUCCUCAGUGCUCUGGUGUCUCCUGGACAUGUUGCAGCCACUGACUAUUUUGACUGUGACUUCCCUGGUCUAAAGCGUCACCCUUUCUGGGUCUCGAGAACUUGCAGGCCAUCCCUGGAGCAGGGAGCCUGUUUCUUUAUCAGGUUUUCCUCAAAGGACUUGCUGGAAUGGUGAAAUUUGGCCGUCACCUCCCUUCUAGCCACAGCUGAAGAAGUUGAUUGGAACAUUAACAUGCAGUUUUCUGUUCUUGUAGAUUUUCCAGUGUAAGUCUGGGAGAUGCUUCUCUGGGGAUCCCUGCAAAUUACAGAGAAGCGCAAGGACAUUUCUGUAGAAAGCAGAUUCUGCAGAGAUGCAGGGCUGUUCAGAUUUUCAGUACUCGCUGCAAUUUAAGUGUACAGUUCGUAAAUAACAGGUUUCUUUUUUUCUACUCUGUGCCUGUGUUUGUUUUUUGAAACUCGUUACUACUGUGUUGGUAGCAGGAAACAUGGGCAGCAGGGUCUGUGGACUUGGGUGUUUAGUUAGGGAACAUCUUCCUUUCUCUGUGAAUGGAGAAACUUUUUUGUUACUUGUGGAUGAACCAACUUGGGAGAACUUCCUGACCGUUAUUUGCCAUGUUCCAGUUGGUCCGUUCCUGUUUUGGUUGUAUGAGGGGCUUUUCUGGGCCGCUGUUGCUGGAUUAAGUUUGCCCACGUCACUCAGGCAGGGAGUGGGCUGGGUCUGCAAAAGAGAAUACGAAAUGGGCCAAAACCGCUGAUGUUCUGUGCUGCUUCAGGGUGUCCCCUGGUCUGUGGUACAAUGUUAAUUUUCUGUCAUGGUUUCGGUUGAAGCUCUUUCCCUUGGCUGCUUUCUGGAGCAUAUACGCACUGCAGCAGCUUUGCCCCCUGGUUUAUUGGCCAAGAGAGAGAACUCUUUGGCCAAAGAGAUGUGGCCCAACACUACCGCUGAGCUUUCGAGAUAUGCCUUGACAUUUGUAGCGGGUGAAAUGGCAGUAGAGCACUGCAUGGGGAGUGUGUCAUAUAUGCACAUGAGUGCAUGUGUGCAUAUACUCUGGAGCUGCAAUGUACUUGUUUGAAAGAGUGUUUCCCAGAGUGCCUAGAGGGGAGCUGCCCUGGGCUGCUCUUGGCUGAGCCACUGAAGUGGGGGGGCAUUGUCCCUGUGCCCCAUGACUACGCAUUUGGGAGGAGACGUCCGCAUCAGUGGCUGCUUCUCCGCUUAGGCACAACCACGUUUUCAGGGAUGGUGAGGGCUGCUUGCGGCUUUCCCACCUUUCUGCAGGUUCUGGUGGCGUAUUUUCCUCCUCCAUCUCUGGGCUGGGUCUGCACCACUAAAAUGGCUUUUCUGUUGGGAGCGUAGUGGGUGGCUCCAGAGCAAGCAGGGAGCCAGCUGUCUCUUAGAAGGGCUCCUUUGGCUGGAUCACGGCUUGUUUCCAGCUGCUGCUGAGACAAAGCCAUUCAUUUGGGGAAUGGCCCGGUAACAUAGGUCAACUUUGAUUAGCCCUAGCCACAGGAAAGGGAGAGAUACGAAAUUCUUAUUUAAACUUCUGUCAUUCUCUGUGGUGGCCAACCUGAGCAAGCUGAUCAUUAGGCAAAUGAGGCAGAUAGAAAAAUGAUUAAUAGUUGUACGAAUUAAACAUUGUAAACAUCUUAUGUGUAGCGAUACGUCUGCAGAGCACCAGUGUGGGUGGGGACGUGGUGCAGCUGCCUCUGCCAUCCUGAUUGCCUUAUUAGCAGCGUUUAAUUAGGGAUCGAGGAAAAGGUGCCAGGCAGCAAGGCAGGAGGUGAGGAAGGGAGGUGGCGCACCCAGCUCCUGCUUGCCAGGAAGGAUUUGGAAAUUCAGAGGGAAGGCUGUCAGCCUUCUGUGCAUUCUGCUCUCUGUCCAGACUCAAGAUGGGCUUGAAGCUGCUUCUCUGUGCUCUGAAGAGUGUGCUUCGCACUCGCAAGACCUGGGCUGCUCUGCUUCCCUGUGGGAGAGGGGGCAGUAGUCCCACAGGAUGGCCUGGGCCUGGCCCCACUGGAGGAGACAGCCUGUGUCCAUAGGUGCCCCUCCCCAGAGACUUCGGCAGACUCCGCUGCUUCCCUCUUCUCAGGCAAGGGGAACGUUCACUACUUGCUUCUAUUCUGCAGCGGUGACUUGGAGCUCUGGCUUUCCUCAAGGGGACUGGGGGAGGGGCUUCGCUCCUGCGUCCUGCCCUGCCAUUUUCUGGGCCUAGGCGUGUCCUCCUGCAGAGUCAGCUACUGAGAUGCAAACAGAUGCCUUGCAUAAUAGUUCAGCUAUUAAUUAUCCCCUCCCUCCACUGUUUAGCUGUUUUAUAUUUUUGACAGGAAGCCGGAUGAUGAUGAUGAUAAUAAGCUUAAACUGGGUAAUAGGCUUACGUGGUACAUUAUGCAUGUCAAGGACAAGCAAUUAAGCCUGGCCCCACACAUAAUAAUUAGAUUUUUGUUGAUGAGCUCAUUGGUAAUGUGUUAAGAUUAAAGGCUUAGCUUUCAGUGCACUUCAUAGCCCCCCAUCUUCCUUCACCCCCAUUCAGCAGAAACAUGCUGGAAAGAUGGAGCGAGAGGCGGAUGCUGAGUUAGAGCAUGGUUGGCUGUGGCCAGCUCUCAUCCUAGGUGGGAAGACAAUGGGAGGGAGCCGCUGCUGCUCUGCUUUGCACCAAGCAUUGGAGUCUUUGCCUGGAAGGGAAAUGGUGCCUGUUUGUUUUCAACAGCGAAGUCAUCUUUAAAGGAAAACCUGGUGCUCCCCAGCAGUGCUAGAGCUACAAUUCCCAGCCACUCAUGUUGCCUGGGCAUCCUGGGAGUUGUAGUCAUGGCACCUCUGGAGGACACAUGAGCAAGGGAGGCAGAUGCUCAUGUCCUCCUGAGGCUGGGCCUAGUGUCAAAGGGUUAGGGUCAGGGCUGGCAUUGCUCUGUAAGGGUGCCCAGGUUGCACAGGUGGUGUUCUGGGGCAGGGAGAAUGUGUUGGUGGCCUGGGCUCUGCAAAUGCUGCUGCUGGCUUGUGCACAACGCCUGGGGUGCAGGCAGCCCAGCUUCAGUGGCCUGCUUUGCUUUCAGGGCCACCUCUCCCACUUCUGUUCUGGCUGUGGCCAGAGGGAGCUGGCAGCUGGGGCUACAGAUUAACCAUGACGGUUGCUUUUUGGUUCUUUAAUGGAAGUGAUGUAUCUUGUUUUAACUCCAGGGAACUAGGAAUUUCAAAACACAGCAUCACAAACAGGAGAGAAAUAAAUUACUAAAAUCCCAGUACAAUAACAUCAGGAUGAAACAGCUUUAAAAAGGCUAUGUGGCAAAAUGAGCCUUUUUUUUUGUUUACACUGUGCAUAAUUAAAUUAUGGAAGAUGUU